AUGGACGCCAACUCGGACACUUGGUCACUCCGGGAAGAAGCUGUGGCAGGGGUUGAGGGCGUUGUCGACCUGCUCGAAGACCAUUUCGGAUUCCCAGUCCCGCGAUCACCCCAAGCCACCGGUAGCAGCGGGGGGCUGGAUUCUAAAAAGCACUCCACAGCUGGUCUACCCCCCGGCGGCACGCUGUUCACCUUUGACACCAAGGGCGAUGAGCCGGACAAGUGGCGCUACGUGAUCAACUCGAUGCGCCAGACUCUGGCUAGGGAAGAGGCUACGAUCAAGGAAGAACGGCGUCGCGUCUUGGUGGGUGAAGGUAGAAAGCGGAGUCGCUGGACGACGUGGUUGAGCAACAAGUUCAGCAGGAGGAAGAGACCGAAGAAUGAAGUGUCCACCUGGUCCGUUGAAGAGGUCCAAACCUGGCUCUCCUCUCUUGGGUUGAGCUCCUACAUCGAGCAGUUCAAGGCCAACGACAUUUCCGGGCAGGAGCUUAUCCAUUUGGAAAGAUCCGACUUCAAAGACCUCGGGAUCAUCAAGAUUGGGCAUGUCAAGCGGUUACAGACCGCUAUCAACGAUUUGGUCGAAAAAGAAAACGAGUCCCGCACCCGGGCAGGUAGCCGUAAAGGUGCCAGCCUAUCCGUGGAACGACGAGGCUGUUGCGCAUUUUUGGCCAGAAUGCUGUGUUGUUUUUCCAGUAGCGUCUCCGUGGCCGUGCCCGAGCUGCCGUCGUUGAGCAGCCUC